AGCCAUUCUUCUCGGUUUCCUCCGUUGUCCCUCUGUCCCUCUCUCUCUUUCUCUCUCUUUCUGCUUUCUCUCCCUAGCCGCCGGGAAACUUGAUAUAGAACAGCACCGGAGAACUGCCUGUUCACCGGCGAGGAGAGUCGCCGGAGAAUACAUGCGCUUUUGUAAUAACUCCGUUUCGGUGCUUUGGAAUUUUUACUAUCGCUUCACACGGAGUUCGCUGACUCGGUCUGCAAAAUCGUCUGAUCUCUGAAUUUGUCCUGGUUCGCGAAGUUUCGAGAUAAUGUGGCGGCUCUAAGGCCGUUUUCGUGGGUUUUCUCGCCGUAGAUCGUGGUCUGGGCUCAAUAUUGUGGUUUAUGCGGUUUCUGGAGAGUUUGUUCGGCGAACUGUGAACUAAAGACGAAGGCAAGUAUAGAACAGCUGAGGAAUGAGAUGGUGGAAAGAAAAGUUUGCACGUCAAGGGAAGCUAAGUUGGAAUUUUUGAAGCGUAAAAGGCUUCAGCGAAUGAAGCCAGAAUCUGUGGAUGAUUUCCCAUGUGUCAACCGUGUGAUGAACAGAAGUGGAGGUGAUGCUCUACAAUCUCAUGCAUCUUGCGGUGUGAGAAUUCAUGGUAACUUAGACAUAUAUCCACGAUUUGGUGCUUCGUUGAAUGGAAAAGAUGUUUUCUCUAAGCACAGAGUGCAAAAGUUUGAGACGGCGGAUCUUGAUUGGAUUGACAGAAUCCCAGAAUGCCCAGUGUAUUCUCCAACCAAAGAGGAGUUUGAGGAUCCUUUGGUCUAUCUGCAAAAGAUUGCCCCUGAAGCUUCUAAAUAUGGUAUUUGCAAGAUUGUCUCUCCCAUUACUGCUUCUGUUCCUGCUGGUGUAGUCUUAAUGAAUGAGAAACCUGGCUUCAAGUUUACUACUAGAGUGCAACCAUUUCGUUUAUCUGAAUGGGAUAUGGAGGACAAGGUCACCUUUUUUAUGAGUGGAAGAAAUUAUACAUUCCGUGAUUUUGAGAAAAUGGCGAACAAGGUUUUUGCUCGAAGAUAUUAUAGUGUUGGAUCCCUUCCUCCUGCAUACCUGGAAAAAGAAUUCUGGCAUGAAAUAGCUUGUGGAAACACUGAUAGUGUUGAAUAUGCAUGUGAUGUUGAUGGUAGUGCCUUUUCAUCUUCUCCCAGUGACAAUCUUGCAAAAAGCAAAUGGAAUAUGAAGAGAUUCUCUAGGCUGCCCAAAUCUGUAUUGCGACUUCUUGAAACAACAAUUCCUGGUGUUACUGAACCUAUGCUUUACAUUGGAAUGCUAUUUAGCAUGUUUGCAUGGCACGUUGAAGACCAUUACUUGUACAGUAUAAAUUACCACCACUGUGGGGCAUCAAAAACAUGGUAUGGAAUUCCUGGUCAUGCAGCUGUUGAUUUUGAGAGAGUUGUUAGAGAAUAUGUGUACACCAAUGGUAUCUUAUCAACUGAUGGAGAGGAUGGAGCUUUUGAUGUCCUUUUGGGGAAGACAACAAUGUUUCCGCCAAAUAUUUUGUUGGAACAUGAUGUUCCAGUCUACAGAGCAGUUCAAAAGCCUGGGGAAUUUGUUAUAACUUUUCCUAGAGCAUAUCAUGCAGGGUUUAGUCAUGGCUUUAACUGUGGCGAAGCUGUGAAUUUUGCAAUAGGUGAUUGGUUUCCCAUGGGUUUGAUUGCUUGCCGUCGUUAUGCUCUUCUAAGUAGGACGCCACUCCUUCCCCACGAGGAGCUUCUCUGCAAGGAAGCAAUGCUUCUCUCGGAGAACUUGAAGUUUGAAGAAGCUGGUUGUUCAUCUGAAUACUUGAAGUCUCAGCACAGCAUAAAAGUUUCUUUUGUAAACUUGAUGAGGUUUUAUCACCGUGCUCGGUGGGCCCUCAUGAGAUCAAAAGCCUGUUCAGAAAUAUCAUUAGUUUCCCAUGUUAAAAUUCUUUGCAGCAUAUGUCAACGUGACUGUUAUAUAGCAUAUGUCAGCUGUGGCUGCUACUGGCAUACAGUGUGUCUUCGUCAUGAUCCUAGGACAAUUGAAUUACCAUGUUUCACUAGUAGAAUUCUCUGUUUAAGGGAAGAUAUUCUGGACAAGGAAGAAGUGGCAAAGAAGUUUGAGCAGGAGGAUGUUGUAUUGCAUGAGUUUCAACAGCUUCAAAAAAAAGAUGAUGAUUUUUCUCUCCUUUCAAACUUGUUCCCACAACUUGACGACACUGCUUAUGUUCCUUAUUGCGAUUUGAGCUUUGAACUUUCUGAGGAAAUGGAGGUUCAGAAAGAAGUGACAGUUCGUCUUCCUAUCUCAAGUGUGAACUCUUUAACUGAAAUGCCUAAUCCUUCUUGUUCUGGCAUUUCAACAGAAUUCCCUUCCUUAACUGAAAAUCAGGUACAUGGACAUGCUAAUUAUGAUCUGGGAAGAAGUGUAUCUAAGAACAAUUCAGGAGAUCUUGCUGGAUGUGUGAACAAUGUCCAAGAAUCUUCCUGUUCUGAUGGCUAUACAAAUGUGCACAGGAAUGUAAUACAAGGCUCAAACAAUAGAACUGUGGUAGAUGAAGAUGAGGAUGAGUCUGAUUCUGAAAUAUUCCGGGUUAAAAGACGUUCUAGAGUGGAGCAGAAGAGUACUCACGAUUCCAAUAAUUUUAAUGAUUACCAGAGUUUGAAGCGAUUAAAGAAACAUCAACAACCUGAUAGACGCUCUGGAUCAUUGUCAUCACCAGAGUGUUCCACUUCUGAGGGCAGAAAUUUCAGUUUUGUUGGCAAUUCAAGUGAUUACAAGGAAGGUCGAAAGUAUCCUCCAAGAGAUGAAUCUAGCAGAGGUGGUGCAAACCGUAUUCUAGUAAAGAAUAAGAAAUUGACAGGUGAAGAAUCAAGGGACAAGCAUAGGGAGCUGAAGAAGAAUGAUAGAUCGAAGCAUGAGUUGGGGAGAAGUAUUAGGGAACCACCCUGCCCAGAGACUGGGGAAAGGCGCUUGAAAGUGAGAGGUCCAUCAAUUUUAGGCUUCACAGGAAGAAUGGACUGAAGAAGAAGAAGAAGAAGAGAUGUGAGACUCAGAGGUAUAGAAUCCUAGUGAUUGACCCCUAUCUCAACAACCAACCUGACAUGGCUAACGCAUUCAUUCUCAAGUGAAUUGAUCUAACAACAAUAUAGAAGCUAAAAGUUGAUUCUGGGAGCAGCAACGCCAAUUAACCAAACUCUAGGUUAAAGUAGGUGCAUUCUUUGUGCAGGCAUCCAAAAUGGGGUGAAUUGCACAGCCUCAAUUCUUAUUAGUUCUCCGGCCAGGUUGCCCUCCUUCCCACUAGCAUAAAGUAGAUUCUGAAUUAGCAACUUUUGCUGUGUACAUUUAGUUUUUAACAUUCCCCCAUUAAUUCAUAUAGAGCUAGCUGGUGCCUUGUGGGUAAUUCCCACAAUCCCACUGGCCGGCUAUUUGAUAUUCAAUUCAGUCUGCUGCCUCCCUUGUAAGAGCUCAUUAUUCUUUUUGUAGCUAUUGAUCUUUCACCCUCACAUUUGCAUUAAUGAAAUCAAAGAAAUUCUUUUUGAUA